AAAAAAAGAAAAGCACAAUAGGAAAAACAACAAAGGACCAAAAAAAGACACUUUUAGAGCACAAGCAAAACGCGUGGGUUGUCAAAAAAAGCAACUUCUAAAUUCUAAUUCCUGCGAUCUAAUCUGAAAACUGAUCUAGUAGUUGAUAAAAGAGGGAAAAGAAUCUGAGUCUAUCUGCGUGCAAAGGGUAAAGAAUCUGAGGCUAUCUGUGUGCAAGUUUCUAGAGAGAGAGAGAGAGAGAGAUGGGGGGAUGAGAGUAAAGAAGAAAGGAGAGAGAGAGGGACAUGGCAGAAGGAAGAUUAAGGAGGGGGUGUUCGUACAAGAAAACCACUUGGGUUGUUUGCUCUAUUAACAUUGUAAUCGCACUCUAUGUUCUUCGUUCUCUAUAUUCUUCUCUGUACAUCUACUCCGGUAACGUCUCUAGAAACAUUGUUAAAUAUACCCCGGACCAGAUGAGUAAAAUGGAGGAAUCGAUUCGGAUUCGGAGAGCAUCCGAACCCUUGGAGCUUGUUAAAUUGGUGAAGGUAAUUAAGGAGGAGAUUUCUAGAGGAGAAGAAGUGGUUCAAUUGCCAGGUCCUUUGAAGCAGAAGAUCACAGAUGAGAUUUUGGUGAGGUUGAAAAGCUUGAAUGGGAGUGCCAACAUUACUCAACAGCAAGAAGCAGUUGAAAGUUGGCGGAGGGAAAAACUAGAAGAAGCUAAGCAGUUAACCCUUAACAAAGGGACUUUGAAUCCAACUAUCCAAUAUGAGGAAGCAGGGAUGAUGGUAAGAGCCUUGGAGUCUGAUUGGGCAGUGCUAUCUGAAGGAAUUGGCCUUUGGAUACCUGGUGAAGUUAUUAAUAAGGAGCAUGAUGAUAAACCUGAGGGUGUAGAAGAUUUAGAGGAUCAAAUUUUACCUGGCAGGCCAAUACCAACGGAAUGCCAUGCUCAACUUCAUACGGAUUAUGAUGGUGCAGCCGUUAGAUGGGGCCUUACCCACCAUAAAGAAAGUGCAGCUGACUGCUGUCAAGCUUGCUUGGAUCAUGCUAAACGUGCCAAGCCAGGUGAAAAGAAAUGUAACAUUUGGGUUUAUUGCCCGUCUGAGGAUGGUUGUCAUUCUCCAGACAUCUAUCAACACAAACAUCAAGAGUGCUGGCUCAAAUCUGCGGAAAAGCCCAGACUGAAUUUUAAGGACAAGUAUCCUGACUCAUAUAGAAAUUCACACCCAACUGCACCCUUUGUUGUACCAUGGGUUUCUGGUGUCAUCACUGCCUGAUCGGAUUGACCAACAUUAUUUGGCUGACAUGGUAUGAAAUGCGAGCUGCAGCUUAACUUUGUUGUGUUACUAUAACAUGCACACAAGAAGCUAUCCGCUCCUUAUAUGUUGUAUUUGCGGAACAAAAGAGGAAAUAGGGAGAAGAGAUGAGGGCAGUGUGAGUGGGGAUGGUACAGUCUCAUUUUUGUUUCAUCAGUCAAUUCUUGUAACACUUGAGUGCGUUCGUCUUCUGGUGCUAAAGGCAAGGUGACAUCAGUUAGACGGUGAAAAACGCUUCUUUGUGGAUUCCAUUGAUCUGCAAAAUGAUUCAUUGUAGUUGGAAUGUGAAGUAAUCUAUGGAAAUAAUUUACCAUCAUGGGCAUGUGAAUACCUUGUCACUGUUUAAUGCUGUUUCUCUGUGUGACUGACAAGAGUAACCACUUGCUACAUAGGUAAGCCACUGUAGUAUACAAAUAUCAGAUGAGGUCUGUGGGCUGCAAUUUAAGUGUGUUUGGUUGGCUUUU